CGCGAUAUUCGCGAUUCGAGCAUUUCGCAUGGUUGUCAGCACUGAACGGCACUGCCGCCACCUGCCACGCCGGAUAAUAAAUUUGAAUUUGGGAGAGUGUAACGUACCGCUCGAUGUUUUUCACCUGUUGCUCUCGGUUUUUCGUGUGACAGCGCGUGUCCGCGUUAUCUCCCAGGAUGGUAAAUGUGACUGGCAUUUUGACGAGGGAUAGAAAAGAAGACAUGAGGACAUCUGCGGAGGAUAUGGAUGAGGAACGUAGGAGAGAAUUGUCGUAUCAUUAUCUCUGCCACUUGGAGGAAGCUAUGAAAUGGAUGGAAGCCUGCUUGAGAGAGCCGUUACCUCCGUCGAUCGAGCUGGAGGAGAAUCUUCGCAACGGAGUGUAUCUAGCGAAACUCGGCCACUUCAUGGCACCUAAUGUUUUACCGUUGAAUAAAAUCUACGACAGCGAACAGCGCAGAUAUAAAGCUGUUGGAUUGCAAUUUCGUCAUACGGACAAUAUAAAUUAUUUUUUAAAAUGCUUGGAGUCCGAGCGUCUACCGUUGACAUUCCUGCCAGAAACGACAGACAUAUACGACAAGAAGAAUAUGCCGCGACUGAUAUAUUGCAUCCAUGCUCUUAGCAAGCAUUUAUUUAAAUAUGGAAAAGCGCCACCAAUGCCAGAUUUGUAUGGAAAAGUGAAUUUCUCUGAGGAAGAAAUCGAUACCGUUACUAAAGAACUGAAAAAACAAGGUAUUCAAAUGCCUGCCUUUCAAAAAAUAGGAGGUCUAUUGACUAACAGUAUUACUACGGAUACAGCCACUCUUCACGACGCUGUCGUCACAAUUAAUCAAGCUGUGAUAGAUAACGAUAACGAUAAAAUUUUACAAAAGCUUCAAAGUAAAGAGAUGCAGUUAAGUAAUGUUGAACCUGCUUACAUAGAAAAGUAUAGCAAGGCAUUGGCGGAAGCUAAAGCUGCGAAAACAGAAGCGGCACUUAACAAGUCCCUCAACGACAGCUACGUAGCAGAUGAAUACGAUGAGUUAUUAACACAAGCAGAAAUACAAGGACACGUUAAUUAUGUAAAUGCUUCUUGCGCACUGGAAGUUAUUGCUUCGUCUUUAUCUCAUGACAAUGCUAGCUGCAAUGAAAUAAUAGCUGCUUUGGAAGUGCCAGUAUUAUCUUUCAAGAAUAUAUUUUCUGAAAAUGUUGAAGAUUAUAAAGAACAACUAAUGCUGAUGUUGGAUAAAUUCGAGUGGAGUGGCAUAUAUCCGUCUGAAAGCAUUCAGUACUGGACCGAUACAUUUCAGAAUGCGAUUGACAAAGGAAACGAGAACGCACAACAACGUCGCAAACGAGAGGAGGCUGUCAAACGUCUAAAUAUGGCUUUAGAAUCUGCGGACAAAGAAAAGUUUUAUGAGAUCUUGCAAACCCCGUGUCUAGAAAUCUCUCGCUACAUCGAUGAAUUUGCACUUCCGUUGUAUUAUCAGGAGAUGAGAGAAGAUCGUAUAGAUUCUGAGACCAAUAUCACUUAUGAUGACAUAAUCGCCUGUAUAUCUGUCUUAUCCGCUAUUGCGGCUAUUACCAAAGCGGUGGACACAGGUAAUCCAGAUUUCAUCUAUGAAAAGCUAUCGAAUCCUGACGCACAUUUAACUGAAUUAGAUGAAUUUAAUAAAGUAAAGUAUGCUCAAGAACUAACGACAGCUCGGCAAGUAAAGCUAAGAACGUCUGAAGAAUGUUCUAUAUUAACUUACAGCGAUAUUCAAAGGUGCAUCGAUUCGGUAAACGAACAGUGUGAUGAAGGUUUUGAAGUUAUACAGAUUUUGCAACAAAUUAAUCGAGGCGUGGCGACGAACGACCAUGAGGGUAUGAUGAAAGCCUUAAAAAUGAUUACCGAGAAGUUCGAUAUACCUACAUAUCCGUACGACGCACCGUUUUAUUUGAAACUAUUCAAGAAACGUUUACUUGAGAAAGAAUCUGACGGAUCCGAACUAUGGCUGGAUGAUGUCAAAACUGUAGCGAAGACGGUGACAUCAGAGAUCGAGGAAAUGCAAGAAAUGGUAGUAUUUUUGUGCGAUAUCAACACGUAUGUGGAAAACGAUAGUCUGAUAGAAACUCUCAACUGCCUGGAAACGUUUGGUAUACCUGAAAAAUUUGAAGGAUUCAGUGAAGAAUGUCAAGAGCGAUGUUUUCUGGAAUUGCGGCGGUUACUGAAGUGGAAGCGUGAAAUAUACAAUUGCCCAUAUGUUUGCUAUACUACCAAUAAAGGAAAUAAAAUUUAUAUCGAUUUGAAAGGCGAAAAAUAUGCAUGGGAGCGUCCGAUAGGUUUUACGAAGACUCAUCAUCUUACCAUAGAUGAUAUAAAUGAAACAAUUAAAUCUGUUAUAGCAGAGAAACGUGAAGAAGAUUAUAUGAUGUACGAUGAAGAAUUAUUUGCUAAAUUUCAAGCUUGUAUUAGAGGAUACUUGUUGCGGAAACAGAUCGCUGACAGAUACGCUUAUUUCGACGAUAAUUUGAGAAAAAUUAUCACGAUACAAGCGUGGUGGAGGGGCAUUAGGCAACGAAAACAGUAUCGUAAACUAUUGCAACAAAGGAGACAAAUUAUGUUACAACAUCAGAGUAAAUGCAAAUCCUUAAAUGCAAAAAUAAAUAAGGAUGAUAAAUCAUGUCACAGUAAAUUAUCAAACGCAAGAACAAACGACAAGAAUGAUAGAUUAAGUCGAUAUAAAAGACACGAGGAUAAGAUAAUUAAGAUACAAGCUCUGUGGCGUGGCCGAGCAUCGAGAAAAGCCUUUCGCUCUUUAUUGCGCUCGGAAAAACCGUCGUUCCCCGUGGUCAGAUAUUUUUCAACGGUAUUAGGUUUCAGCGCGGAGGAUUACGACAAGGAUCUAGAAUUACAAAAAUUGAAGCACGAGGUCGUACAAUGUAUAAGGCACAAUCAGAAUCUAUCGGAGCAACUGAACAGCAUGUUCGUUAAAAUAGGAUUACUGAUCCAGAACAGAAUAGCGUUACAGGAUGUGGUGGCGCACGGCAAAAGUUUGGAUACCCUUGCAAAGGAGAAGAACGCGGGCAAGGAUCAAAACGUCUUGAGUGACAUUAGUACGAUGGCACAUAAAGGUCUCAAAUCGUUAACGAGGGAAGGUCGUAAGAUGCUGGAGGGCUAUCAGCACCUGUUCUACGCGUUGCAGACGAAUCCACAAUAUUUGUCCAAGCUGUUAUAUUUGCCUCCUAGCAACAAGUCAAACAAGUUGUUCCUGAAGAACAUCAUCUUGACGUUGUUUAAUUUCGGAUCGAACACCCGGGAAGACUAUUUACUGCUGAAACUCUUCGGUUGCGCAUUGAGAGAGGAGAUCAAGUGCAAUUGCCAUCAGCCCUCCGACGUGUUGACCGGCAAGCCUUUGGUACGCGAGAUGGUGGUGAAUUACGCGAAACAAUUCAACGGUCAAGCGUCGUUAAAGCAGAUUGUAGGUUCGUUGAUCGAGAAGGUCCUGGAAGAAAAGGAUCUCUGCAUAGAGACGAAUCCGGUAGACAUAUACAAGCUUUGGCGGAAUCAGCUGGAAAUGGAAUGCGGCCAGUCUUUGGACAUGCCUCAUACGGUAUCUCAGGAACAAGCGUUGAAACACAUCCCGGUGCAGGAAUCGCUCACGAGAGCGAUAAAUCAAUUGAAGAGAAUAUCCCUCGAGUUUCUCAAUAGAAUAACGCAGUCUCGUGAUCUGAUCCCUUACGGGAUGCUCUACGUUUCGAAGGUCCUGUACAACACGUUGAUGGACAAGUUUCCGCAUGCUCCCGAGAAAGAUAUCCUUAAGGCGGUCGGCAAUUUGAUUUACUAUCACUUCAUCAACGCCGCGAUCGUGGCACCGGACACCUUCGACAUCGUCACACUGCCGGUCGACCGAACUUUGUCCUCCUGCCAGAGAAAAAAUCUGGCCAGUAUAGCCAAGGUGUUGCAAUUCUCCACCUCGAAGAAAGGUUUCGGCGAGGAGGCACCGCACUUGGAAUGUUUGAAUCCGUUCAUAAUUGCCUGCCACGAGAAGUUCAAAGACUUCUUCCGAUACUGUUGCCAAGUGGAAGACCUCGAGGAACACUUCGAUAUUCACGAAUACACGGAGGCGACGCUUAUACAGAAUCCGGAGAUCUGUAUAUCUCUGCAAGAAAUAUGCGACGUUCACGCUUUGAUGUUGAAUUAUGAAGACCAGAUAGCACCGGAUCCGUCUGAUCCUCUGCAUGACUUGUUGGAUGAUUUGGGCCCGGCACCAACCGUGGCGUCGUUGCUCGGGAUUUCCAAAGCGACGUACGAUGCAAAUUUGGCGCGAUACAGUAAGCAGGAGGUGUGCCUGGUGCUGACCAACAAGUUCCAGGUGCCGCGAAAUGACGACACGAAUCUGAGCAAUCUCUUCGUGAAGGCGAAGGAAUUACUCGUGUCGGUUAUCCCGUUCUUAAAGAAGCCGACUCUCGUGGAGUCCUUGGAGGCCACAUCUUCUCCGAUGAGCGUGAAACUGUUCGAUUAUUCGUCCGUGUCGCCAACGGUACGCGAGAGUUCGUCCAUAAACGACUGCAAGAUGCAAUUGCGCGCGUAUCUUAACAAGCUCGAGCUCGAGGGAUGGGUCAGUCGCGCGGACGGUUAUCAAACGAUCGUGACGGCGAUAGCAAGGGAUAUUUGCAACAAGAGCAAGUAUCGCGUCGCGAGGGACAAGGAGUUGCAGGGGCUGCGGGCGACCAAGGUGCGAUUGGACGAGAAGACGCGGUACUACGAGGAGCAGGUCGGAUUCUACAACGAGUACAUAAAGGGCUGCCUCCAGAAUCUGCACAGGGGAAAGAGCUCGCUUCGCGCGUAUCAGGCGACGCAGAAGGACAUGUACACGCAGUGCAAACUGCGAUCCAAGAUGACGGUGAAGUAUUCCGCGUGGAAGUUGCAGGAGAAGGGCGUGCUGAUGGAGGUCGAUCAGGCGUUGAGCCCGACGGAGAUGAAGAACGUCAUCUUCGAGAUAAGCCCGACGGAGCACAGCGGCGUAUUUUCUGUACGCUGCAAAUUCAUGGGCGUCGAGCUGGAGAAGCUCGACAUCAGCAUACAGGAGCUGCUCGAGUUGCAGUACGAGGGCAGACCCUGCAUGGACAUGUUCGGUAGGGCGAAGAUCAAUCAAAUGGCUAGUACAGCAACCGAAAAUAUGGAAAGUAAUUCUAACAAGAAUGGAGACAACACGGAGACGGAGAGGCAGCUCAAAGAGAGAGCCGAACGAAAUCGCCAGAGAGCACUCUUGUUAAGAAAAUCUAAGGUUGUAGCUCAUCCAUAUGCAAGAGAAAAUGAUGACUCUGUAAAAGGAAGAAUGAUAAAAGUACAAGGGCAGCGUGUUAUCGACAGUGGUGGUGGCUUUCUGAUAGAAGAAAACGAUGAAUUAGAACAGCAAAUGCUUAAAAUUAGAACCGAGCCAGAGCCAGUUAUUGGUAAAUUUAACGAAUGUGAGGAGUGCCAGGAGAAAUUUGGAGAUUCAUAUCUUUUGCAAACGUUCGAUCUAACUGUCUGUGAUAAAUGCAGGGAUAAAGAGGGAAAGCACUCCUUAAUCACCAAAACUGAAGCUAAACAAGAAUACCUGUUGAAAGAUUGCGAUCUCGAUCGACGGGAACCUGUGCUAAAGUAUAUCGUGCGAAAGAAUCCUCACAACGCGAAUUGGGGCGAGAUGAAGUUGUACCUGCAUCUGCAGAUAGAACAGAGGGCUUUGGAAGUUUGGGGUUCGGAAGAGGAUCUGUUGAAGGAGAAGGAGGCGCGCGAUGUAAAGCGGGCGGGAGCUAAGAUCAAGAAAUUCAAUAAGAAGAUGAAACAGCUGCGAAUGCAAGUGAGAAGUUCGUUGUACGAUAAGACAACAAAAGCGUCGCACGUUCACGAGUUUGGAGAAGACACGUACAAUGAAGAGGAUGAUACAUAUACGCACACUUGCACGACGUGCGAUUAUGAGGAAACGUACGAAAAAAUGUGAAUCCCCGAAUAUUAUCAUUCGCGAUAGCAUGAGUCAAUUUGAUAUCACUUUAUACGAGAGAGAGAAUAUGAUUUUUCCUUGAAUAUGAUCUUGUAGAGUCUCGAAAAAGAAAUUUGUUUUUUCUCUCGAAAAUUUGAAUGCACGGAAUAUUUUGUUGAUCAAUGCAGUUUCGAUUUAUACAUCUUUUUUUUAUAUUUCACAAAAUAAUUUAAAUAAAAGAUAUGAUAAAUUA